CCCGCACGCACCGGGACAAUGGGGCGUCUCUCGCUUGGGCCUCGCCAGAGGGCCCCGGCGCGCGGCCCUCGGUGGUCUCCGGCACCCUCGGGGAAACAAAGCCUGUCCGCUCCGCGCGCGGGAAGGAGUCUCAGCGGCAGCGCAGGCUGAGCCCUGCGGUCGGCUGGGGGCUCCACCUUUCGGCCUCGGAGUCCCGCGGGCCGGGGACGCGCACCUGGCCGGCCGGGGGACCGACGUGCGCCACCACACGGCGGGGGGAUGCAUCACUGUAAGCGAUACCGCUCCCCGGAGCCGGACCCAUACCUGAGCUACCGAUGGAAGAGGCGGCGCUCCUACAGCCGGGAGCAUGGCGGCCGCCUGCGCUACCCAUCCCGAAGGGAGCCUCCGCCACGGAGAUCUCGGUCCAGAAGCCAUGACCGCCUGCCCUACCAGCGGAGGUACCGGGAGCGCCGGGACAGCGACACCUACCGCUGCGAGGAGCGGAGCCCCCCAUUCACAGAGGACUGCUAUGGACCCUCCCGGUCUCGGCAUCGGCGGCGGUCGCGGGAGAGAGAGCCCUACCGGACCCGCAGGCACGCCCACCACUGCCACAAGCGCCGCACCAGGUCUUGUAGCAGCGCCUCCUCGAGAAGCCAACAGAGCAGUAAGCGCAGCAGCCGGAGUGUUGAAGAUGACAAGGAGGGCCACCUGGUGUGCCGGAUCGGCGAUUGGCUCCAAGAGCGAUAUGAGAUCGUGGGGAACCUGGGCGAAGGCACCUUUGGCAAGGUGGUGGAGUGCCUGGACCAUGCCAGAGGGAAGUCACAGGUUGCCCUGAAGAUUAUCCGCAACGUGGGCAAGUACCGGGAGGCGGCUCGGCUAGAAAUCAACGUCCUCAAGAAAAUCAAGGAGAAGGACAAAGAGAACAAGUUCCUGUGCGUCCUGAUGUCUGACUGGUUCAACUUCCACGGGCACAUGUGCAUCGCCUUCGAGCUCUUGGGCAAGAACACCUUUGAGUUCCUGAAGGAGAACAACUUCCAGCCUUACCCGCUCCCGCACGUCCGGCACAUGGCCUACCAGCUCUGCCACGCCCUGAGAUUCCUACACGAGAACCAGCUGACACACACAGACUUGAAGCCAGAGAACAUCCUGUUCGUGAACUCGGAGUUCGAAACCCUCUACAACGAGCACAAGAGCUGCGAGGAGAAGUCGGUGAAGAACACCAGCAUCCGAGUGGCUGACUUCGGCAGUGCCACCUUUGACCACGAGCACCACACCACCAUCGUGGCCACCCGCCACUAUCGGCCACCAGAGGUUAUUCUAGAGCUGGGUUGGGCGCAGCCCUGCGACGUCUGGAGCAUUGGCUGCAUCCUCUUCGAGUACUACCGCGGCUUCACGCUCUUCAAGACCCAUGAAAACCGGGAGCACUUGGUGAUGAUGGAGAAGAUCCUGGGGCCCAUCCCGCCACACAUGAUCCACCGGACCAGGAAGCAGAAGUACUUCUACAAAGGGGGCCUGGUCUGGGACGAAAACAGCUCGGACGGCCGGUAUGUGAAGGAGAACUGCAAGCCGCUGAAGAGCUACAUGCUGCAGGACUCCCUGGAGCACGUGCAGCUGUUCGACCUGAUGAGGAGGAUGCUGGAGUUCGACCCCGCGCAGCGCAUCACACUGGCUGAGGCCCUGCUACACCCUUUCUUCGCCGGCCUGACCCCUGAGGAGCGGUCCUUCCACAACAGCCGCAACCCUAGCAGAUGACAGGCACAGCCAGCACCGAGGCCCGGGAGUGGGACUGGACCACCCGGCCUCGCCGCCAGCCUCCGCCCGCGCCCUGGCCGAGCCACCCCACGAACAGUGCAAUGUGAAGGAGGGCAGGGCCUGCGGGGGGAGGGCGUGCCCAGCUGCCAGAAAGCACAGACCCGACCCGAGCUAUUUAUAUGUUGUAAAGUUAUAAUAAAGUGUUUCUUACUGUUUGUAA